AACAAGAAAGAAAGAGCUGUAAUGUUGAGCCAAAAAAAAAAAAAGAGAGAGAGCAGGAUAAGUUUGGUGAGUGUGUAAUGAUGAUUAAAAAAAAGAGGAUAAGAAGUGAUAAAAAAAUAAUCUAAACCAGUUGAUGAUUAGAGAAGUAAUAUAAAAGCAGUAACCACCCAGCCCAAUAAGCAUGAUUUGUUAGCAAAAAGGGACAAGCAAGAACAGGCUGUUUGGUUUAAAUUAGAACAAACAAACAAACGCUCUCCUCUCUGUCGCUUCUUUAUAUAAAAGAUAAUAAAGGGUUUCGCCUUUGUGUGUGUGUUUUAUCAUUUGCGGCAAGCAGGUCUGUCUCGCAUCUCUUCCGCGCUUCAUUGAGCAGGUGAUUCUUCUUCUCAAGGUUUAAUGUAAAAUAUGUUCCACAUCUCAAGGAUUUCAUUUUGGCUCUAGGGUUUUGAAACAAAUGCAGAAACAUGUAUUUGAAAGCUGAAGAGCAGUGGUCUACUACUAGUAGUACUGCUUUACACCUCCCUUCUCCUCCCUUUUUCUUCUCCACCCUCAUCCCUCUUCAUCAUCCCUCUCAGAAUGUUCGAAUUAACGCCUCAUGGAAGCAUGUUCUAUGCGAGGACGGUUGACCCUCUUCUUGCUUCUUGACUUCACCCCCAUCCCUUUUUUUCUUUUUAGUUUUUUUUUUUUUUUUGCAUCUUGUACUUGUAUAUUUGUAGCUCUAUUUAUAUUACCCUCUUUCCGCCUAGCAUUUUACUAGUAGUGAAGCUAAUAAUAAUCCUAUGGAGAAGAAAGGGACUGUGCUGAUGCUUCGUUAUGAGGUCGGCAAGUUACUUGGCCAGGGUACCUUUGCCAAGGUUUACCAUGCCAGGAAUCUCAUCUCUGGUGAUGGUGUCGCUGUUAAGGUCAUCGAUAAAGAUAGAAUCCUCAAAGUUGGUGGUAUGACCGACCAGAUUAAGCGUGAGAUCUCUGUCAUGAGACUCUUGUCACACCCAAACAUUGUCCACCUCCAUGAAGUCAUGGCCACUAAAUCUAAAAUCUACUUCGUCAUGGAGCACGUUAAGGGCGGUGAGCUUUUCAACCAAGUCUCCACCGGCAAGCUCAGAGAAGGGGUCGCCAGAAAGUAUUUCCAACAGCUUGUCCGCGCUGUUCACUACUGCCACACCCUCGGAGUUUGCCACAGGGACUUGAAGCCUGAGAAUCUUCUCUUGGAUGAGCAUGGGAAUCUCAAAGUCUCUGAUUUUGGACUCAGCGCUCUUUCUGACAAUAGACGCCAAGAUGGCUUGCUCCACACCACCUGUGGGACCCCUGCUUAUGUUGCCCCUGAGGUGAUCAACAGGAAUGGCUAUGACGGGUUUAAAGCCGAUGUGUGGUCUUGUGGUGUCAUUCUUUUCGUGCUCCUUGCCGGUUAUCUCCCUUUCCGUGACUCCAACCUCAUUGACUUGUAUAAGAAGAUUGGUAAAGCCGAGUUCAAGUUCCCCAACUGGUUUGCUCCCGGGGCUAGGAGAUUGCUCAAGAAGAUCUUGGAUCCUAACCCCAACACCAGGAUAUCUACCGAGAAGAUCAUGCAGAGUUCUUGGUUCCGUAGAGGCCUAGAAGAGGAUAAAGACCAUGCUGAUGCAGAGACCGACGACACAGAGCCAAUGCCGCUUAAUGAUGACUGUGACAAGGCAAAGAAGCAGUGUAUCAACCUGAAUGCUUUUGAGAUCAUUUCGCUUUCCACCGGGUUUGAUCUCUCGGGACUGUUUGAGAAAGGCGAAGAGAAGGAGGAGAUGAGGUUUACGUCCAACCGAGAGGCGUCAGAGAUCAUGGAGAAGCUGGUGGAGGUAGGGAGGGAACUUAAGAUGAAUAUAAGGAAGAAGGAAGAAGGAUGGAGGGUGAAGAUGGAAGGUAGAAAAGCGGGUGCAGGGGUGGAAGCGGAGGUGUUUGAGAUUGCACCAAGCUUCCACAUGGUGGUGAUGAAGAAGAGCGGUGGAGAUACGGCGGAGUAUAAGAGAUUGAUGAAGGAGAGUAUAAGGCCGGCUUUGAUGGACAUUGUAUUGGCUUGGCACUGAAACUGUUAACCUACUACUAUCUUUUUAAUGUUAUUUUCUUUCGUACCAAAGUGUUUAGUUUCAUUCUUGAUUCUGAAGAUGUGUGUUUCUUGUUUUGGGGGUGUAACAAUAAUGAACUCAUUCACUAUAUGAAAAAAAGGGAUUAUAUAUAUAA